AUGAGGGUCGCGGCUUUAAUCAGUGGUGGGAAGGACAGCUGCUAUAAUAUGAUGCAAUGUGUUGCUGCUGGGCAUCAGAUUGUUGCUUUAGCAAACCUAAGACCAGGCAAAGACCAAGUGGGAACAGAUGAACUGGAUAGUUAUAUGUAUCAGACAGUGGGACAUCAGGCCAUUGAACUGUUUGCCGAAGCAAUGGCUCUCCCGUUAUAUCGUCAAACCAUCAAAGGAACCAGUAUGGAGACUGGACGAAUAUAUACCAGAUGUGAAGGAGAUGAAGUUGAAGAUCUCUAUGAACUUUUGAAAUGUGUUAAGGUUUUCCUAAUUUCCCACUUCCGGGGCAUCACUAGUGUGACCUUGCCUGCUGAAUAUGAUGUUCUGAGUCUCCAAGAUUCUCACAUACAUUUGGAAGUGGGCAGCCAGGCAAUUGUUUACAGGACGCCAAAUGAACUGUGCACUCACAGCAAGUUUGAUAAACACACAUUUCCUCCUUUUAUCAGUGAGAUUGCAGAAUGUGAAGUAUGA